GAAGCCCUAAAAGCGAACUUUCUUUCGUGAAUACUGAAUAGAGCUGCAGUCCUUCUCAGUUAUCACCUUUAAGACCAUCUCCGUAUCUCUCUCCUCUUUCCUCGGAGUUGCAUUUUUCGGCGGCGGGCUAUUCGAUCUCAAUUGGACGGUGUGACUGCUCUCACUCAGCGGAUCACGUUUAGGAAUUUGAGUGAGGCUCCUUUCCUGUGAUUCUGAACCUCAAAAAACCCCAAACUUUGAGUCCUGUGAUUCUGAACAAUAUUCUGCAAAUUUAGAUCAUCAAUGGCCGCGUCAACCGCUGCCAGAUCCAUUUUCCGGUCAAUCUCCUCCCGUGGUGGAAGUGCUGCAUCGUUUAUCGCUUCUGAAGCCAAAGCGGCUCGCUCUUCUCCAUUUCGUAUUGGAGCCAAGGCACCUCUUUCUCAACGCUCUCUCAGGUGUCCUGUUGAGUUGAGCUUCUGUGUAGAGUCCAUGUUGCCGUACCACACUGCCACCGCUUCAGCUUUGAUGACAUCGAUGCUCUCCGUCACUCCUCGCAGUUGUGGUUGGCUUCCAGAAGCUUGCAAUGAUGAUGUGUGAUGAAUGUUCCGAGGGUUCAGGCAAGUUUUUAUGUACUAAAUUCUUCAGUCUCAAGCUGUGACUGGUGAUAGCCUAGGAGUAUGAGCUGCAGAAGAGACCCUAAGACCACCUUUCUUUAUAUAUGUAUUGCAGAAUACCAAAAUUGAGUUAUUACUUAAUUUAAUUGAUAUCAGCAACCUUCAUUACUUUGCAAUUGCCAGUUGUCUCUUGAAAAGUUCUAAUAAAUUCAGUACUGGUUUUAAAUGAUUUUCAA